ACACGCUGCCACGGGGCCUACGCUGCACUACUAUGGCAGCAUCAUCGAUUGACAGCAUUGGUAGCCAAGACGAUUUCCAUAACCAUUCCUGCAUACUACUCAACGGCAAGAACAUCACAGACAUCGUCGAUGACGAAGGAUUCGAAGACGACAUCAUGGGUCCCCGCUACCACAAGCGUGUCCGCAUAGCAAUCAUCAUCAUCAUGAUCGUAACAUCCGUCGUAGGCAACAGCGUCGUCUGUUGGAAGCUCGUCGUGCAGCGACGCCACCGGCGAAUCUCGAAAGCGCGAGUGCUGUUCCUGAACCUCGCAAUAGCGGACCUUCUCGUUGCUUGCGUCACGAUGACGUCACAGGUGGUGUGGGAAGUGAUGGGCCGGCUGUGGAUCGCAGGCGACGCCUUCUGCCGCUUCUUCAAAUUCCUGCAGACGUUCGCUCUCGUCUCCUCGACGUACAUGCUGGUGACGAUCGCGGUGGACAGGCACAUUGCCGUUACGACACCGCUGGCUCCCAGCCCUGACCCGUGGAAGCUAGCAGCCAUCACGUGGGUAGUUUCGUGCAUGCCGUCGUUGCCGAACGUUUACGUGUUCCACACCGUCGAGGCGGCGCCCGGACAGUGCUUCUGCGCAUCCAUCUUCUACGAGCGUGGCACACCGCUCUACCACCGUCAAAUAUACAUGGCGUUCGUGUUCAUCAUGGUGUUCAUCGCGCCUCUCGUGCUUCUGGUGACAUUCUACGCGGGAAUACUGUGGGCCAUCUGGAAGCACAGCUCGGCCAGCGGAAAAGUGGGCCAGCAGACUACCUCUGCGUUGCCCCGAGCCAAGGUCAAGACGCUCAAGUUGACGGCGGUGGUGUUCGGUGCUUUCCUGGUGACCAACGUGCCGUACAUGAUCCAGGAGGUCAUCCUUGCUCUGGGACACCCCGGCAUCCUAGACGCCAACCUGGUAGCGUUGUUCGGCGUCAUCUCGGCCUCCAACAGCGCCAUCAACCCGUACAUCUUCCUCUACUUCGAGAAGAGGCAGCUUCGAGACUCGCACGGUUUCGUGGGCACUCUCCUCAAGGGUCUGCCCUGCUUUGGUCGCAGGGGCGCAUCGAGGCACCGUGGCGGCAGCCAACAGAUGGUCAACCUGACCGUCAACUACUCGAGCAGGCACUCACGGACAGUAACGACGGCUAAUUAUGACUCCGCAUCGUGCUCAGAGAAGACUCUGUCCAGAUAGCGCUCCGCGGCCGAUCCCGAGAAGUCCACGAAUGGGACGUAGUCACCUAACCAUGCGUCGCGAACACCGACAGCAUAAUGUUCUUGCGUUUCUUCACAACAUCCUAAACGUUGGUCCGAGGUAAAAGUGCUUUACCUGGGAGGAGGCAGUACCCUCUGCCACACAUGUAGUAUAUAUGGGCAGGUUCCAUAUACCUCUUCAUGCAUGUAAAAUCAUGGCAUUAGGAAUGUCAUACGCUAUCGUUUCAAGCAAGGGUUUUGAAGAUGGUUGCACGUGUAGAACGUCACCGGUAUUCUUUUUCGAUCGUUUCUAUGUUGUUUGCCCUUCCUGUACUAGAUUUCAUGGAUAGCACGUAACGCUGCGAAGGCUACAAAAAGCCUUGUCUCGCAGUUCGUAUCCACGGCGACAAAAUAGUGCAUCACGUGGGAAAAACACCGGCAGCGCAUCGCUAUUUGGAUGUGCAAUUAUGUUUCACACUUCUAUGCCACGAAAUAUGGCGCAUUGA